UUUCAGAUUGGACCACUUUGCUCCAGCGCACUUUUUUACCACACACCGCAUUCGGGCAGCGAGCAGCAGCAAGUUGCGAGGAGCUGUACUGCACUGUGUGAUCGCGAGCCAAGUUCAGGGUGGAGGAGGAGGAAGGAGACGAGACGAGAAGUGUUCAAGGACCUGUUUCCAGAGUUCCCCAGCAGCGAUGGAGACCCGGGUCAUGUUUCGCUCCAAAUGGCAGAGUGCGGUGCGUUGUUUGUCAAUUUUGAUGAUAGUGUGUAUUUUGCCAGCCGUAAAACCAGAGAUAACAUGCAGAUCAUGUCAGUUUGGGAAUACAUUGCGCGCACGUAAAUUAAUCGUCGCCAUGCAGACCAGUGAACUCGCAACAGGGUCCGCGGGCGAAGUUUCUGGACACGGAAAUGGGUUGAAAAGAUUCGAUCCGACAGGCGCCAAUACGCGGGAGAUGAAUGCUGCACCCAUGCCGGCUGGACAUGGUGGUCAGGUCAGAGGAUACUUUAUUAACUCGAGGAAGAAGCGGAAUGUCCAAAGCCCAGUGUCCACGGAGGAGACAACUCUGCGCAACGCAAAAGUUUCGAGUGUCACCAUGGAUAGGGGACAGACGGACCUCGGGGUGACAUCAACUCGUACCGAUUCAACAAAUCAAAUGAACCAGCCAAGUUUUGAAACGAGUGAUGAAAAAGUGACAUCUCCUCGGUCAAACCACGACCAAACGAAGAUCCUGCUGGAGGAGGAGGAGGCUGCGCCAAUUGGACGCAGAGUUGCGCGGUCUGAACUGCGCUGGAACGGAGAGGACAGGAGAAGCGCUGGUUCGAGGCAAGAAGAGCUCAAAGUGACCAGCUCAACCUUCGCCUUGACCGGGGAUUCGUCUCACAACCAGGCGAUGGUGCACUGGUCUGGGCAUAAUAGCAGCGUGAUUCUGAUGCUAACCAAGUUGUUUGACUUCAACCUGAACAGCGUGACGGAGAGUUCAUUGUGGAGGUCCACCGACUAUGGGGCCACUUACCAGAAGCUCAACGACAAAGUGGGGCCCAAGACCAUCCUCAGCUACUUGUACGUCAGCCCCAACAACAAGCGCAAGAUCAUGCUGCUGACCGACCCCGAGGUGGAGAGCAGCCUGCUCAUCAGCACCGACGAGGGGGCCAACUACCAGAAGUACCGCCUCAGCUUCUACAUCCUCAGCCUCCUCUUCCACCCCGAGCAGGAGGACUGGAUCCUGGCCUACAGCCACGACCAGAAGCUCUACAGCUCCGUGGAGUUUGGCCGACGCUGGCAGCUGGUGCACGAGAAAGUGUCUCCCAAUCGCUUCUACUGGUCUAAAAUGGGCUUGGACAAAGAACCAGGCUUAAUUCACCUGGAAAGCAGCAUAUCUGAAGGACAGGCAUUGUACGUCACCUGCAGGCUGCAGAAUUGCACCGAGGCCAACAAGGGAAAGCCGUUCCCUGGCUUCAUUGACCCCAAUUCCCUGGUGGUGCAGGAUGAGUACGUCUUUGUCCAGGUUUCCACCAGCAGCCGCACUAUCUACUACGUUUCAGCCCAGCGAGACGUCUUCACACCCAUGAAGCUGCCCAAGUACACCUUGCCCAAGGACCUGCACGUGAUCAGCACGGACGAGAACCGCGUGGUGGCGGCGGUGCGGGAGUGGAACCAGAACGAGACCUACAACCUGUACGUGUCGGAGGCCACCGGGGUGCACUACACGCUGGCCCUGGAGAACGUGGUCAGCAGCAUGGGCCCCGAGGGCAACGUCAUGGUGGACCUCUACGAGGUGGCAGGGAUUAAAGGCAUGUUCCUCGCCAACAAAAGGUUGGAUGAGCAGGUGAAGACCUACAUCACCUUCAACAGAGGCAGAGACUGGAGGCUUCUGCAGGCACCCAACACAGACCUGAGAGGAAACAACAUCCACUGUGUGCUGCCGUACUGCUCGCUGCACCUCCACCUGCAGGUCUCGGGCAACCCCUACACGUCAGGGAACAUCGCCAGCAAGGACUCGGCUCCGGGAAUCAUUGUGGCUUCGGGCUCCAUCGGCUCUGAGCUUACCAAUGGCAACGUGAGCGUGUUCAUUACAUCUGAUGCGGGCAACACAUGGAGACAGAUCUUUGAUGAAGAGUAUGCCGUUCUGUACCUGGACCAAGGAGGAGCCUUGGUGGCAAUCAGACACACUCCGCUGCCCAUCCGGCACCUGUGGUUGAGCUUUGACGAAGGUCGCCAGUGGAACAAGUACAGCUUUACCAGCUCUCCUCUGUUCGUGGACGGCGUGCUGGGGGAGCCCGGCGAGGAGACUUUGAUCAUGACGAUCUUCGGCCAUGUCAGCCACCGCUCCGAGUGGCAGCUGGUGAAGAUCGACUUCAGGUCCAUCUUCAACAGGAGGUGCACGGAGGCAGACUACCAGACCUGGCACCUCCAUGACCAGGGGGAGCCGUGCCUCAUGGGUGUGAAGAGGAUCUACAGGAAGCUGAAGCCCACGGCCAGGUGUGUCAUGGGGAAGCGGUACUCGGUCACCAUGACGUCGGCGCCCUGCGACUGCACCGAGGCAGACUUUGAGUGUGACUACGGCUACGACCGCAGAACGGACGGCAAGUGUAGCCCCGCCUUCUGGUUCCACCCGUCCUCCAUGUCCCGGAGCUGCACCACUGGGACAACGUUCCUUAGAAGCACUGGCUACAGGAAGGUUGUCUCCAAUAACUGCACGGCGGGGGUGAUCGCCGAGUACACGUCCAGGCGGCAGCGCUGUCCCGUCCAGGCGCCCCGCGGCCUGCACCUGGUCACGAGAGAGGGCACGCUGACCGCCACGCUGGCCGCCAACGUCACCUUUCUCGUCUUUCUGGAGGAGGGCGACGGCAGCAGCACCAGCGUGACGCUGGACUUCGGCGACGGCCACGCCCUCACCUACUCCAACGUGAGCUCCGUGGACGGCGGCGUGCGGCACGUGUACAAGGCGGUGGGGAUCUACCGCGUGGCGGCCAGCGCCCGGAACCACCUGGGCUCCGACGCCGCCGUGCUCUACCUGCACGUCACAUGUCAGCUGGACUACAUCCACCUGGUGGCCCCGUUCGUGGCGGUGAGGAACAAGGAGGUGAACCUGACGGCCGUGCUGUGGCCGGGCCAGGUGGGCACGGUCACCUACAUCUGGUGGAUCGGCAACAGCAGUGAGCAGCCGAUCAUCACCCUGGAGGGCAGUAUGGCGUGCACCUUCCCCCAGGAGGGGGUCACCACGGUGACGGUGCAGGUGUCCGCAGGGAGCACCAUCCUGCAGGAUAGGAAGACCAUCUCAGUGCACGAGGUGUUCAGAUCCCACCUGCUGGCCUUCUCGGCCAACCUGGAAGACCACAACCCGGAGGUGGCUGAGUGGAGGCUGGACCUGAGCAGGGUCAUCCGGACCUCUCUCAUCCAGGCUACUGCGGUGGAGGAGGAGCAGCUGCUGGUGGCCGUGCUGCCCGGCCUGCCCACCACCGCAGAGUUCUUCCUGCUGCCCGACCACAGGCCCAUGGAGGGGAAGCCCGAGAGCAGCACCGCCCAGUUGGACCAGCUCUCUGAGGCGCUGCUUACCGCCCUGAACCAGAACCUGGUGCAGUUCACGCUGCGGCCGGGGGUCCAGGUCACGGUGUACUCAGCCCACCUGUCCGCAGCGCCCCAAGUGGACACCAGUGAGAACCACAGCGGCUCGGCCAUGCUAAUGCUGCUAUCUGUAGUGGUUGUGGGAUUAGCUGUAUUUGUAGUCUACAAAUUCAAAAGGAAGAUCCCAGGCCUCAACGUCUAUGCGCAAAUGCAGAACGAAAAAGAGCAAGAAAUGAUCCAAAGUCCAGAAAGUCCGACAGAUAGCACGCCCGACUCCCAGCGGGGCCUGGUGGCAUCCUCGGAGAUUCUGGACACAGAGUUCAACUCACGGCCCAACGGAUGUACAGAACCCUGUAUAUAUGUAAAGUCCUCACCGGGCCUCCCUACAUAUGUCAAUGUCUAAACACUGGACCUCGGUCACCAGUCUCCAAGACUGUCCUGGUUUCUGCUUUUGUUUCUUUUCCGCUGUUUGGGACUCUAUGGUUUGGAGCUUUAUACCUGUGCAUAUGUCGGAGGUCGCUGAUACAUGCCACACUCGGAGAAAAAAAAAUACUCUGUGGAGGGCUUUCCUUUUGGUUUUAGUUUUUUUUGUUUUAAACUCCUCAAGUAUGUUUGUUCAAUGAAACAUUUCGAUUAUAUUUAUUCAUACGAGUCCACUGCGUAAUCUAGACCCAAAGCCAGCAUGAACUCAUUAAGGGAAGAGAAAAAAUAACAAAAAAAUUAACCAGGAGCAUUUGUUUUUCGCUGAAUGAAUUCACAGUUUGUUUGCUGUACUAUAACAACAAUGGCAGUAUUGUAUUAUGUAUUCAUGUGAAUAUCAUUUACGGAAGAAUAUCAUUGAAAUGAAGCUGAUUUUUUUGUAAAAUCACAAAUGUUUAUGUAAGAAAUGUGUGUAUUUUAAUACAAUUAUCAAAGUAAAAAGAAAUACAAUUAUGAAAUAUAUAAAUAUAAUUAGAUAUCCAUUGUCUCUUCAAAAAAAGAUUAUGGCACAAUACACAUUUGAUACUACUUACUAUAAUUUCUUUGCUUUAUUUAUUAACUCGAUAUAGUUGCAGAGUUCGAUUUUUUCACCUUUGCCAUUAAUGCGUUCACACAUUUCCUCCCAUUCAAUUGAAUUGCCUCAAACAAACAGUUAUCUAUUUUUCUUCUUGGAAACAAUAAACCCGUGUUGUCACCUGAGGUGCAGGAAACACAGGCACAGUUCAUCAAUCUUUACCCGCUCUGGAAAAUAACAUGGAACUGGAGGAUUGUAAAAAAAAACUAAAGAGGACCAUCCCAGCAGUAGGUGAUGCAAAGUUAACCCCCUCAAACCAAAAACAAACUCUACUCUACAAGCAUCCCCGUCCUACUGCGAACAGUGUGCCGUAAUGUACCCAAAUCGAAAAUGUAGGUGACGGUUAGAAUGUAAUACAAGCCCUUUUGCGUCACUGGUUGAAAGAGCAGCCUCACAGAGGGGAAGGAGAGGAGGGGUAGGAGGGUAAAGACGUGGAACACAGUUUUUUCGGGGACUUGGACAAAUUAGGGGGUUUCUGUUUGAUAGAGCAGGAGAAGUUGACUUCAUGAAUACUUAUUACCCGCCAGGCCCCGCCCAAGGCUGGCUAAGGUUGGUUACACAAUUAGGCUAAUGUCCCGCUCCUGCUCAGAAGUAGCGUCGCUCUUUGUACUGCUAACUCAUUAGCAUGCUCUGUGCAGAUGCUAUCAGGCUACAUUGAGGGUAACAGGGUCAACCUCCGUGGUCGUUUUUUUUGGGGGGGGGGGUUCAGUGGAGAGAGACGUACAUAUGUUGAUUGAUUACGCAGCAAAACUUUUUUGAAGGACCUUUAUUUAUUUUUCAUAUUUUUUUCCUCAAGCUUUGUGACAAUUACCCCAUGUCGACGGAGUUCAAUGUUGAAAAUAUACAUGGGCAAACUCACACACGCACACACACACAAACAUGAACAUGCUUGCGGGGGAAGACAUUAGGCUUCCAAAGCGUAAUUGUACAGUUGUUUUAAUUUCCGAGCAAUAGAUGUUUUGUUUUGGGUUGCUUUUUUUUUACUGCCGUGCCCUGUGGGUUUCCAUUUGAUUCAUGAACCAAGCUACUGACUGACUAACUGGCUGACUGUGCCGUCCGCUGUCUCCUGUUUUAAAGGGAGCACUGUGUACACUUUUCCUCCACUGUUUACUUUCUAGUCCCUCCGUCUACCACAGCACUGAGCCGACCUUGUAGUCUCAGCGGAAAAUAUGAGUUAACAAGCAUAGAUUUAUCACUUCCAUUUACUUUCAUGAGCGACUGGAACCGGUAAUAAUGGCACAUUGUGCGUACGUUGUGGGUGGUUAUUUAUUGCUACGCCAUAGGCAUGUGGAUCAACUUGCGCCUGAGGACAGAGACACGUGACAAACAAAGAGAAUACUUCUUCCACCAACUUGACAGGCGACAGGUUCCCAUAACAUUCAUUGAACAAGUGUGGAAACAACGGACACAGUGCUCCUUUUAUCGGAGAUGUGUUCAUCUCUGAGCUGCAUGCCAAGGUUAUCUUGGGAAGAUUUCUGCUUUCAUUCUUUUUUUUUUUAUAUAUUGUCCUUGUUUUGUAUAAUCUAAUAUCGCAGGACUUACCUUACUCUGCUCCCUCCAAGGACACGGUGAAAGGCAAAACGUCACAAGUGGUUAUGUCCUAUCGAGUCCAUCCAUCAAAUAUAUCUGAAACUCUGCAAACUACUGUACACAGACUACCUAGUUACGGGAAUAUGUCCUUCACGAAUGGAGAAGGAAAGGUAUAGAUUUGCAGUGUCAUUAUAUCCAGAUCCAGGCCAUUAUCCGGGGUGUAGAAAUUCUAAUUUCCAGUCAGUAUUCAGAGCAAGGGACACCCCCCCCACCCCUCCUCCCUACCAGAAUCAAAUCCCAAAGAAUUGAUGUAGCAGCUGCGAGAGUCACUAAGCCUGAGAUUUAUUUGAGAGAAGAAGAAGAAGAAGAAAAAAAAAAGGAAUAGGAUUUAGAGACACCUUUUUGAAAUGCAUUGGUAAUGGCACAGGGAGAAGGACCGACGGAGCUCCAGCAUGUGGGUGAUAGCCCCCUGGAGGGCCAUACGUCCUGGUUAGGAGCCACAGUCAUCACACGAUAGCUUUGAGGCUGAAAUUAAAGGUAGGAUUGCU